AGCUUUCUGAGAUUGUUCAGGAAAAUGCCAUACUCAAAGGCAAAAUGGUCACCCUCCAAGAAGCCCUCCAAAACACUGAACUGGAGACGAAAGCUAGUCGGGAAACCAUAAUGAGGCUUGUGUCAGAAGUCGGCCGUGAACAAAAAACUUACAAACAUAUCAACUCUGAUGUCACCAAUAUGAGAGUGGAACUUGAUAAUGCAUUGGCGUCCCGAAUUGACCUAGAACGGGAAAUUGAAGCACUGAAUGAACGACUUGAAGCAAAUAUGUCUACACUAGAUCGAGAGAUCAAAGAAAAAGACUACAGGGCUCGUGAUGCUUUCACACAGUUGACGUCCCUGAAGGAAUCUCUGGUGUCCAUAUUGGGUGAUCGUUAUGGACAUGGGCAUGGGGCCCCAUGUGAAGAUGUAAUUAAAGAUAGAAUCAGGAGUCUUGUUACAUCAGCAAGAGAUAAAGAUGCUAACAUCGACAUGCUAGAGCAAAAGGUCCGUAACUUAACAGAACAAUUGGAGAGACAGAUUGAAAUGCAGAGAUCAGCGGAACGUAAAAUCCGUCAAGCCCAAAAUGAUGCUGCAGAUAUGGAAGACAGACUCCAUCAUGCAGAGAAUGAUAUUGCAGCGACAGAUGCACUCAAGGAUGGGUUGAGAACUGACAAACAUAGGUACUUGAAAUUCAUGGAGAGAGUUGCGAGUGCAAUGAAAGUCGACACAAUCUCAGCUGAUGUUGGAUUUGACAUGAGCGGUGACGCAAUCAUCGCCAGGGCAGAACAGCUUCAGCGCAUGGAGAUGGACGCCCUUGCAGACAAAACCACGCAUGUGUAUAACCUACAGAGGAAGAUCAAGAGCUUCAAGGAUCAACUUGAGAGCAAAGACCUACAUAACGAUCUUCUACGCAAGAAAAUUCAACAGUUGGAAGAAAGGGUCAUGGGACGGUCAGAGCUAGAACGGGAAAAAGAUGAUGAAAGUCUGCGAUCGAGAAAAUUGGAGAAACUAGUGGAGAAAUACAAAAUGCAAAUAAAUGAACAUCGUCAGGAAAUUAGGGAUCUAAAAGCCAGACUCAUGGACAGUAUGGGAUUCAAAGUUUUUAUGAUAGUUAUAGUCUCCAACAUUUUUGUGGAUGGUGGUCGGCAGUGGGCAUUCGGCAGUCAGUGUUUGGCUGUAUCUGUAACAAAUGGCAGGUGGUGA